AUGGACAGUAGCUUUUACGACCUGCAGGGAACUCUUGAGAAGAAAGGAAUUCCCGAGUUUCCGUCUCUCCUGCCGCACGAGCUCAGAGACCCAGAGAUGGCCCACUGCAUAGAAAAGUUAUAUGGAAACGUGAUCUGUGAGGUCUCCAGAAACAACGAGCUGAUUCCGAUUCUCUCUUCUGUAACUGCAUUGCCUGCUAAGGUUGAUCUGAAAGAGGUGGAGCGGGCCUUAGCGGGAUACAGGCCAGUAAAGGGAGAUUUCUUCAAGGCUGACCACAGUCUGCACUCCCGGCAGCCAGAAAGGGACGAGUGUCCGGGCUUUGUGACGGGGAGCGGAAACAAGAUCGUUAAAAAGGAGCAGAGAGACAAAAAUGAAGUAGACAAGGAGUGCAAUGUAGAAAGCUACAUAGUUGACAGGGUCCGAAAUGAAAUUCUUGAGAAGGCUGUGGAUGUUGGAUGGGACGAUAUAAUCGGCCUGAGGGAUGUCAAGAAGACAAUCAACGAGAUUGUCCUUUGGCCGAUGCUGCGCCCAGACUUGUUUACAGGGCUCCGGGGUCCUCCCAGAGGCCUUCUCCUGUUCGGUCCUCCUGGAACAGGAAAGACCAUGAUAGGAAAGUGCAUUGCAAGCCAGUGCAAGGCAACAUUCUUCUCGAUAAGCGCAUCGUCCCUAACGUCGAAGUGGGUUGGAGAGGGAGAGAAGAUGGUCAGGGCUCUGUUCCACCUUGCAAGGUCAAUGCAGCCUUCUGUUGUGUUUAUUGACGAAGUCGACUCGCUUCUAUCCCAGAGGAGCGACAACGAAAACGAAGGGAGCAGAAGGAUCAAGACGGAGUUUCUGGUCCAGUUUGAUGGGGCUGCAACAUCCAGCGGCGACAGGAUUCUGGUUAUCGGUGCAACAAACAGACCCCACGAGAUCGAUGAGGCGGCACGGCGCAGGCUGGUAAAAAGAAUCUAUGUUCCCUUGCCAGAGCAUCUGGGUAGGAGGCAGAUGGUGGAGCAUCUGAUCAAGGAAUACAGAAACACACUUGGGCAUGCAGACAUGGAUGAGGUGGCCAGAAUGACAGAAGGAUACUCUGGAUCCGACAUUUUUAAUCUGUGCAGAGAAGCAUCUCUGGAGCCUCUGAGAGAGAUCGACGACAUCAAGGACUUCAGAAGCGAAGACACAAGGCCGAUUUCUCUCGAGGACUUCAGAAAAGCCACGAGGCAGAUAAAGAAGAGUGUUUCCGAGAGGGAUCUUGAGAUCUAUUCAGACUGGAACUCGAAGUUUGGGUCUGUAUCCUAG